AUGAAGGAUCAUAUGGAAAAGGUCAUACUUCACAGGUCUAGAAUGCCAGAGGAAAUGUCGCUGGACCUUUUUUACUGCAAGCUGCAUUUCAAUAUACUUUCUUCUGGUAUCGAUACCAAAAUGUCUUUCAGGUUUGGAAUGUCUUUCUCUGCAACAAUAACUGAGAACGCCUCCCAAUUCAAGAUCUCAAAAAAGGGAGGGACAAAAUUAUCAGAUAUUAUUACAGGCACACAUUCGUAG